AUGUUGCAAAAACAGCCCAGUAAAUCAUCUUUUAGGGAAUCUCUCAAAGCUCUUGAAGCUGAUAUUCAGCAUGCUAAUAGCCUGGCAGCUGCUCUCCCAAGAGAUUAUGGUGGGAAUUAUUACCAAAUGAGAUUAUCUUAUAGCCCUUUUGCACCCUUCAUUCUGUUUUUGAUUGAAUGGAUGGAUUAUAGUUGUACAGAUACCCUUCCUAGUUAUUUAGGCCUUCUCCACAUUCUUGUAUACAAGGCAUAUGUUGAUGGAAUGCCGGCUUUAUCUUCCAAAGAUCGAAAAGCCACUCUAAGGGAAUUUUAUGCUGUUAUCUACCCUUUGCUCAGACAACUUGGGGAUGAGUUCAUUGAAUUGGAAGAUAAUAAGAAAGGCCGAAGUACAGAAGUAUUGAGUAGAAAGAGAGUUGAAGACCGCACGAGGGUCUCUGAUAAAGAUUUAGAGAGAGAUGAUGAAUGUGGAAUAUGCAUGGAGAAUUGCACAAAGAUGGUUCUGCCUAACUGUGGGCAUGCCUUAUGCAUAAGCUGCUUCCAUGACUGGAAUGUCCGUUCUCAAUCCUGUCCUUUCUGUCGUGGUAGUUUAAAGAGAGUGAGUUCUAAAGAUCUGUGGGUUCUCAUAAGUGGCAAUGAUAUAAUUGACAUGGUUACUCUUGCAAAAGAGAAAUUGUGGCGCCUAUGCCUCUACAUUGAAAGCCUGCCUUUUGUAAUGCCUGAUACACAUCCAUAUGUAUCUGAUUACAUGAUCUGACAACGAAGUGAAGACUGUAGUAUUAAACCACAGAAAGAAAAAGCUAUCGUUCCACAUUGUACAUACAACUUGGUAUGAAGAAGCCUGAGCUUAUCUAUUGAACUCUUGACCGCCUGUUCAAUGGCAGCUGUAUAUAGUAAUUAACUGAGCUGCUGCCUACAUGUCACGAGGAUUUCGGAAGUAGGAAGCAGGUUACUUUGAAGAUUGGUGAAAUUUGGUAUAGAACAGCCUGGAUAAAAGCAGUGAGGCAGGGAUUACAAAUCUGAAUACAUAUAUUUAGCAAGAUAAUAGAUGCAAACUAAAAAUAAACAGGUAUUCUUGGCAUUCAACUCAGCUUUUUAAGAACCUGAGUGUUGGAAUGGAAACAUAAAGACUAUCACAUGGAAUCUUCAGUUUCUGCUUACUGUCAUCUGAUCUAUGAUGAAUAUCAUGGAUCAAAUUAAUCUUUCUUGGAACUGGCUCCUCAUCAAUGAAUUCCUAUAAUAAAAAUUGCCUCUGAAUCUGACUGGAUUGAUCUAUCAUAAUUUCUUAACUUUAAUAACAACUUGCAUCCUUAAAAGU